GAGGUCAAACCCCAGAUAGCGUUAUAUAACCCGAAAGCCGCCUUGAGCGCAAUCGGGAUGAUCGUAUAUGCGAUCCUGGCCAUCGCACUAUGGGUCCGCUACUUCAAGAUGUCACGUCCGAGGGCUAAAUGGAUGCGCUGGUUGCCAGUCGGAACGACUAUGAUGUCGAUCGGUCUGGGAAUCCGAAUAGCCAGGCGGAACGGUACGGGAGCGUGGUCCUUCUUGGGCGAGACGAUUCUGCUACUAUCGGCACCCUGUGCGAUCAUCGCCCAGAACUACAAACUCCUCUCGGUCCUAUCUCUUCAUCUGGACGCCGACGACUGUCUGAUCAUCCGACGGUCCUUCUUGAUGCCAUUGUUCUUGACGAGCGAUACCAUCACCUUUCUCUCCCAAUUGGCCGGGACGGCGAUGCAAGCGACGACCAUAUCGAACAUCAUGCAGUAUGGGACCUAUGUCACGCUGGGUGGGCUGAUCGUACAGGCCGUCACGCUAGCGACGUUUAUCACGUCGUGGUUCCUCUUCCGUCGUCGAGUCGAGAGGCGAUCUCUUCAUGUUCAAAAGUGGACGGAUGGUUCGCCUUAUGUUUUGGGCUACAAACGAAGCACGGAUUUCCGCUGGGUAUGGUGGUGCAUAGGUUUCAGCUGUCUUUGCUGCUUGAUCCGAGCCAUUUACCGUGUCGCCGAAUACGCGUCUGGUUUCGACUCGUACCUCGCCAACCACGAAGCCUUCUUCUACGUCUUUGAUUCUAUCCCGCUCGCUUUGAGCGUGGGAGUCUUCUCCUACUUCUGGCCGCCUCACGCUCUAGACGCGUCGGGCGCGAUCAUCCCGACGACCUCGAACGUAGAGAUGUCGGGCGUCAAAGGGAGGAUACCGGAGGUUCGAGGGUUUUCGGCCGGUGCCGGUCAAGGAGUCUUUCAAGGAGGCUAUCGGAAUGGACGCAACCAAAGACCCGACGGUGGCCCUUUUCAGCCGUUGUGAGAUUGUGAGAUUUGAUGGUUGUACCCUUGA